GCUCACAGCUUUAUACAGACUACAUUUCCCAUCAUGCAGCUGGCAAGAGGCCCCGGAAGUGGCGCGAAACAUUUGAAAAGUGUCACACAGCCUUGGACUGAAUCAUCGAGUAUCUAAAGUAUCUAAUAACUAAAGUAACUAGUAUCUCGCCGUGUGGUUGGACUCUAGUCGACAUUUUGAAGCAUUCGCUCAGCAACAGAAAGAAGACUUUCUUGCAGAUGUCGCUGGUGAGAGGAGGCGGUCGACCGCAACAAAACAAAGCGAAAAAGGCUGUUGUUCGCUCCAAGAAGUCAAACCCUCCCAAAAGAGAGUGGCUGAGCACUGUAAAUGACUUGUCCGUGUACAAGCUCUCGCCUGCAGAGCUGAAUCAUCGUCACGAGCUCCGCAAGUCCCACAACAAGGCUGCCGCCCAAUGGGAGCUGAGAGAGAAAGCUCUUCAAGGCCGUCUUGUGAAGCAGACUGGCUCUAGUCCAGCUCCUCUAGACCAAAGCAGUCUCACAAUCCUAAGAGAGCAGGUCUUUUCUGACAAGCUGCUGCUCCAAGAUGCGCUGGCCCGCUCCGACAGAGCCAUGGCUUUGGUCCAAAAGCUGUUUGGAGAUGCUCCACGCAGGCAGACUGGGCAUGCAUGUGUGACCAUGGUUCCAAACUGCGACUCUCCUCCAACUCGCUUGUCACUCUUUGACGAGUCUAUGGUGGAGCAGCAGGCUCUUAGUGAGCAAGAGGACAAAGAUGAUACAUCUACGGCCACACUAAUCCAGAGGAAAAUGAAGGCAAAGAAUAAGGUGCAGCGCCAAAAAGUAUGUCGCCAGAGAUUCAGUAGCCCUGGAAGUCCAUGCAUGUCAGCCAGCACACCAGCACAAACAGCUCUCAAUGCCACACUGGCAGUUCAGCGUCUAAGAUCUCAACAGAACCAGUCACAAGAAGGCCAGGGGGAGCCUUCUUUUCUUGUCUCCCAAGUCCUCAACCCUGAGCUAUCUCCAAAGCAAGCAGGCAGCUGUCGCACCGCCAGGACCAGGAAGCGUGUUUGCAAGACCGUCGAGCUGAACGGCUCCUCUGUUGCCUCUCUCAGCAAGGAGCACUCCAGUCUGGGGCUGCUGCAGACCAUGUUGGGCCAAGUGGAGGGGGCCUUGGAUCGUCUGAGUCCAGACGUGGGACCGGCAUGGAGUCAGACUCAGCAGACGACACACGGCUUCACUGGCUUCUCCGUGGCUUUGGUCUCCACUCUGGGGCGCCUGGUGCACAUCCUCAAAAAGCACCAAGAGGAAUCUGAGAGUGCGGUUGAGGAAAGACGGCGCCUGGAGGAGAAGCUAAGAGAGCAGCGAGAACUGAUUGAUGCUCUCUCUGCUGAGAGCAUGACUCUGCGAGAAGAAGCCACCUCCCUGCAGCAACGGACAACGGAGCUGGAGAGAAAGUUGGAGUCUGUGGUGUCAACGUCUCAAUGUUCUGAUGUCAUAGCUACAGUUCAGCAGCCUGUUGGUGAGCGGCCACUCAUCUCUCUUUCUCCUGUUUGCCGCCGCGACUCCUGGUGCCCACUUCCUGAUAGUCAUCCUGGGCCAUCGCAUCAAGACGCCAACGACAAGCUCAGUGCUCAAAACUCAAGCCUCCUUUCUUCGUUGUCACUAACUUCUGACCCUCUCCUGUCCCUGGAAGCCAUGGAGGCUGAGAUUGCUAAGCUCUGCAGACUUAAAGAUGUGAUCAGAGCCCAGCUUAGCCAAGCUCGGGCUGGAGGCUUGUUUGACAGCAGUGGGCAGCAGAGGAGUUUGAGUUCCAUCAGUACUAGCAGAGCGACACCUCAUAUUGUCAGCAAUAGGAUAACUGAGUCAGCCAGUACUACUCAACAGAGCAUGCUGGCCAGUAACACCCUCAGUGUGCAACAGCGGCUCCUGGAGGUCAACCAGCAAAGUGCAGCAGCCAGGGCUCGACUGUUGGAGCUUAUCGAGCAGCAGAAGCAGAAUAUCUCCACUAAGGGGUCCCCGUCUGACUACUUUAUCCCUUCAUCGGCCUUCAGCCCACAGCCAGCAGGUGGCGCAAGUGCUGACCAAUCAUUUCUGAUGCGUGCUGACAAGUCACUCUCAGGUGCUGACAGACGAACAUCUGCUUGUGAAGUGUAUUCUCAGCAUUAUGAAGAAGCACAGAGGGAUGGAAGCACACAGGGAGACAAGCGGGGAGUCCAGGAGGGCUGGUUUGCCCUGGCUGCUCAUGUAAGAUGACAAGAAGAGCUAAAGGUUUCUUUUAUCGCUCCUUUUAAUUUGGCCUUAAUAAAUGUUUUUUUCACAAAAUUGUAUUUUUUAAAGCAGGAGGUUUUUAGCUGUGUCCUAUGGGGAACAUAUUGGUGGAUGUUAUGGGACAUCAAGUUGUGCAGCAACCCCAAACUUCUUCCAUCUGUUUGUGCUGCACUUUUUAAAAAACUUUUAAGUUAACCUUUUUCUUCUUCUUCUUCUUCUUCUUCUUCUUUACUUACUUAGAACUUUUCUCUAGUGACUCCAAGCGCUUUACAUAGUGAAAGCCAUGAUGUAAGUUGUACUAAAGGCAGUGUGGGAGCAGGUGGGUAAAGUGUCUCGCCCAUGGACAUUUUAUGUAAAUAACGUUGCCAAACCAUAACACCCGUGCUAUUCAAAUCUUUUAUGUACAUCAAUCAUCAAUCAAUCGAUGUUUACUUAUAUAGCCCUAAAUCACUAGUGUCUCAAAGGGCUGCACAAACCACUACGACAUCCUCGGUAGGCCCACAUAAGGGCAAGGAAAACUCACACCCAGUGGGACAUUGGUGACAAUGAUGACUAUGAGAACCUUGGAGAGGACGAAAGCAAUGGAAGGCGAGCGGGUCUAACAUGAUACUGUGAAAGUUCAAUCCAUAAUGGAUCCAACACAGCAGCGAGAGUCCCGUUCACAGCGGAGCCAGCAGGAAACCAUCCCAAGCGGAGGCGCAUCAGCAGCGCAGGGAUGUCCCCAGCCGAUACACAGGCAAGGGGUCCAUCCUGGGUCCCGACUCUGGACAGCCAGUACGUCAUCCAUGGCCACCGGAUCGGACCGGAUCCCCUCCACAAGGGAGAGUGGGACAUAGGAGAAAAAGAAAAGAAACGGCAGAUCAACUGGUCUAAAAAGGAUAUCUAUUUAAAGGCUAGAGUAUACAAAUGAGUUUUAAUGUGAGACUUAAAUGCUUCUGCUGAGGUGGCAUCUCGAACUGUUACCGGGAAGGCAUUCCAGAGUACUGGAGCCCGAAAUGAAAACGCUCUAUAGCCCGCAGACUUUUUGGGGGGUUUUAGGAAUCACUAAUAAGCCGGAGUCCUUUGAAGGCAGAUUUCUUGCCGGGACAUAUGGUACAAUACAAUCUGCAAGAUAGGAUGGAGCUAGACCGUGUAGUAUUUUAUACGUAAGUAGUAAAACCUUAAAGUCACAUCUUAAGUACAGGAAGCCAGUGCAGGUGAGCCAUGACGAUGCAGGACCAUAACACCCGUGCUAUUCCAGUCUUUUGUGUACAUGACGAUGCAGGACCAUAACACCCGUGCUAUUAAAGUCUUUUAUGUACAUGACGAUGCAGGACCAUAACACCCGUGCUAUUCAAGUCUUUUAUGUACAUGACGAUGCAGGACCAUAACACCCGUGCUAUUCAAGUCUUUUAUGUACAUGACGAUGCAGGACCAUAACACCCGUGCUAUUCAAGUCUUUUAUGUACAUGACGAUGCAGGACCAUAACACCCGUGCUAUUCAAGUCUUUUAUGUACAUGACGAUGCAGGACCAUAACACCCGUGCUAUUCAAGUCUUUUAUGUACAUGACGAUGCAGGACCAUAACACCCGUGCUAUUCAAGUCUUUUAUGUACAUGACGAUGCAGGACCAUAACACCCGUGCUAUUCAAGUCUUUUAUGUACAUGACGAUGCAGGACCAUAACACCCGUGCUAUUCAAGUCUUUUAUGUACAUGACGAUGCAGGACCAUAACACCCGUGCUAUUCAAGUCUUUUAUGUACAUGACGAUGCAGGACCAUAACACCCGUGCUAUUCAAGUCUUUUAUGUACAUGACGAUGCAGGACCAUAACACCCGUGCUAUUCAAGUCUUUUAUGUACAUGACGAUGCAGGACCAUAACACCCGUGCUAUUCAAGUCUUUUAUGUACAUGACGAUGCAGGACCAUAACACCCGUGCUAUUCAAGUCUUUUAUGUACAUGACGAUGCAGGACCAUAACACCCGUGCUAUUCAAGUCUUUUAUGUACAUGACGAUGCAGGACCAUAACACCCGUGCUAUUCAAGUCUUUUAUGUACAUGACGAUGCAGGACCAUAAAGCGGGACUAGGACUUCAUCAUUUGGUCCAAAAAUGGAGUCCCAUGAGUUGUUUCCAUCGAGGAGGUCGUGAAGUCACUUGACACCAGGGACACUUUGGACACAUUGAUAAUUUCAAAGAGUCAUGUUUAAAAAAAUGUCCAGAGUGAAAAGAAGAAGUCUACUUCCUCCAACUGUCUGGGAACAUAUGAAAGUAAUAAGACCAAUGUCUAAAUUGUCACUACCAUGCUGCGUUGCUGCCACUAGAGGGAGACAACAUUGUUUUAUAUUGCUCACAAAAACACUUGCAACAACCAACUGCGUUUGAGGGUUGCUAGUACGACUCCGGCUUUCACCAUCCAAGAUGCUGCCAUUAUGUCCUUGGGCAAGACACUUUAGUCACCUUGAAUAACAAUGAAUUGAUGAAUGUUUGAAUAUGAAUGAUUGGCGAAUGAACUAAUGAAUGUUUUGUGUUUGAAUAUAAAUGAAUGAAUGUUUGAUGGUGGCCAAUGAGGCUGUUGGUGCAAAUUGGCAAAGUCUAUCCAAGAGUAGUUAUUUAUUAUUAUUACAUUUAUAUUACCACCUUAUUAUUAAAUGUAUUUUACCACCAUCAAUGUGUUUUUUAUUAGAUUUAUAUAACGACCAUCAAUGUGUUUAUUAUUAUUAAAUGUAUCUUACCCACCAUCAAUAUGUUUAUUAUUACAUUUAGCUUACCACCAUCAAGUGUUUAUUGUUAUUAUUAUUAAAGGAGCCAUAUGUGGGAAUCUGGCCA